AUGCGGGCAUCUCCGUUCUGGCACUUGCGAAGGGUUGCUACUCCCGUUCGCUUGCCACGGAACCAACCCUGGGCUAAAGCGCAUCCAUUGUGCCAUGCCCUGAAUACCAGUGUUUCAUCGACACCGCAACAUCGAUGCUUCGCAGCGACAGUACCCUCUCGAUUACUUUACAAGGGUGAUUCCACUAUUUACGCGCUAUCAACGGCUCCUGGUCGCGCUGCCAUUGCCGUUGUCCGGGUUUCGGGGCCGGCCUGUGUCUCGAUCUACCAAGCGUUAUGUCCCAAAGCACCACUUCCGCGUCCUCGGGUAGCAGCCGUUCGCACCAUCUACGACCCGGCCUCAGACGAACCUUGUGGCCAAGCAGAUAUUCUAGAUGCUGGAGCCCUAGUACUAUAUAUGCCUGGCCCUAAGACAGCUACUGGGGAGGAUGUACUGGAGUUUCAUCUUCAUGGAGGACCGGCAAUCGUAAAAUCAGUCCUGUCGGCCAUAUCGAAAACUAGCGGAAAGGAGCAUUCGGUUCGUUACGCAGAGCCAGGAGAGUUCACCCGGCGGGCAUUUAUGAACGACAGGCUUGAACUCCCGCAAAUCGAAGCACUGGGUGACACUCUGGCGGCAGAUACGGAACAGCAGCGGCGCCUGGCUGUACGUGGCGCAAGUGACGCGUUAUCAAAACGAUACGAAAAAUGGCGUCAACAAUUACUUUACGCACGCGGGGAGCUCGAAGCAUUGAUUGAUUUCUCCGAGGACCAGUAUUUUGAUGAGUCAUCGGACGAUUUGGUUCUAUCUGUCUCGACGCAGGUGCGGGCUCUCAGCCGGCAGAUCGCACUGCACAUUCAGAAUGCAUCAAAGGGCGAGCUGAUGCGUAGUGGGAUAAAGGUUGCUCUGCUGGGAGCGCCAAAUGCGGGUAAGAGCUCGCUCUUGAACCGGAUUGUUGGUCGAGAGGCUGCUAUCGUAAGUACAGAGGAAGGUACCACCAGGGAUAUUGUAGAUGUGGGAAUAGACCUGGGCGGUUGGUAUUGCAAGUUGGGUGACAUGGCGGGUAUUCGAUCGGAGCCUAGCUCUAACUCUCCCGGCGGUGCCUCUCUGGUAAUUGGCAGUGUCGAGAAGGAGGGGAUUCGGCGGGCUCGCGCGCGAGCUAUGGCCUCCGACGUUGUUGUUGUGGUGAUCUCGGUGGAGGAAGGAUCGGAUGAAGGGGCACCAUUCCGACUUGCCAUGGAGCCGGACGUUGUAGAUGCAGCCAACGAGUGCGUGCGUGCCGGCAAGCAAAUAAUUGUGGCCAUCAAUAAAUGCGACCGGUUGCCACCACUGGAUCAGAGCGAGGCCAGUCAAGUGCCACACGAAAUAGCCCAGAAAGUGAACCAGAUAUUCCCAGAAGUACCGAAGAAGCGCGUCUUCGGCAUCUCAUGUCUUGAAUCUUCGGAUGGACUCGAACAGCCGAUGACGAACUCCUGGCCGUCCUUCCUGCAGGGCCUAAUCUCCACAUUCGAGGAAAUGGCCACCCCAGCCGGAGUAGACGGAGACGCCAACGGGCAGUACGAUCGAUCGUACUGGGAAGACUCACUCGGGGUUAGUCAUCGUCAAAGCUCUAACCUGCAGCUGUGCCUUCAGAGCUUAGAAGAAUUCCUAGCUCAAGCAAAUCCCUCCUCAUCUCGCGAUACCCCUGAUGGCCCAUAUUCAGGGUCUCCGGGACCGGACUCGGUUGAAUCGGAGGUGGAUAUUGUAGUGGCCGCUGAGCACUUGCGUUAUGCUGCAGAUGCUCUUGCCUCAAUUACGGGCAAGGGUGAAAGCGGCGAUGUCGAAGACGUGUUGGGCGUGGUUUUCGAGAAGUUCUGUGUUGGGAAGUAG